UUCAGGUGUCUAUCGAGGAUGUGUCUAUGUUGUUUAACCUUAUAAAAUAAAUGAAAGUGUAAAAUGUAUAUUUACGAGUUACCUUUUGAUAUAAAUAAAGAGUUGUGCAGAUUAUUAGACAACGAUGACGACUGGAAGGAACUCUCUGGAGUUUAUAUGAAGUAUACUGCGUUUGAUAUCAAUGAAAUAGAACAAACAGCAAAACGGCAAGCUACAUCACCAACAAACCAGCUAUUCACAAAAUGGGGCCAACAGAACCACAGAGUGGAGGAACUUUUCAUACUACUAUACAGAAUGAAACAUAUACCAGCUUUAAGGUGCUUAGUUCCUGUGGUGGAUAGUCGCUUUCACAAGUUAUUACAGAAACAUGACAGUAGGAGUAUAAAGGAUAGAAGUAAUUUAAUUGAAAAUGCAAAUAAACAGAGCACACAAAAAAUGGACGGUAGCGAAUCUUCAUUGCCUCUUCCUGUUAUGCUUAUAGAGAAGGGUGCCCAUUUCCCUACUCCAAGUCGCAUUGUAGAAGUUCAUACAAAUACAGACGAUUCAAAUACAGAUUCCACAAAGAAUAGUUCAACAGCACAAAGUGGAAAGGGUGAUGUUUUAGAUGACGAGUUCCUUAAGAGUGUAUCAGCCAUACCAAUGUUGAGGUAUGAGGAUCUGCGGGAAGCGACGAAUAAUUGGAAUGAUAGUAAUUUGCUUGGCAGAGGUGGUUUUGGACAGGUUUUUAAAGGAGAGUGGAAACUCUUACCCGUAGCUGUUAAACGGUUAAGAGAUAAUGAUGACAAAAACAAAGAAUUAAUUCGUGAAAUGUGCCUCAAUCAGUACAGACAUGACAAUAUACUGCCAUUGUAUGGAUAUAGUUUAGGAGGUCCAGAAGCAUGUUUAGUAUAUCAAUUAAUGGCGGGAGGGUCUUUAGAGCAAAGACUUAGAUGUAAAUCUCAUCACCCGCCGUUGUCUUGGGGGCAGCGGUAUAGAAUAGUGCAUGGUGUUGCCAGAGGACUCCAAUACCUCCACACAAUGGCGGGAACACCAUUAAUACACGGAGAUAUAAAACCGGCUAAUAUUCUAUUGGACCAAUGUACGAUGCCCAAAAUUGGUGACUUUGGUCUCGCUAGAAAGGGUCCAUAUGGUGAAGACAGAACGCAUAUGAAGGUUUCUAGAGUGCACGGAACCCGUCCAUACUUGCCCGACGAGUACCUCCGAUCGCGCUGUCUCUCUCCCGCAGUAGAUGUGUUUAGUUACGGUGUUGUUAUGUUGGAAGUUGCAACAGCACUACCAGCUAUAGAAAGGGCGAGAAACAUCAUGUUGCUGAGCGAUUAUAUGCAGCAACAAGCAAGGGAGGGGGUGGAUUUUGCUACCCUCGAAGAUCCAAUACUAAAGAACACGCCAAACGCAAAUCCACGAAUGUGUCGAGAUUUCAUAGCAAUCGGCUUACAUUGCACAAAGUAUCUGCGACAAGAGAGACCCACUAUGCUUGAAGUGUACAAACGUUUGGACGCUAUGGAGUUCCCGGGGAAACAUUAUGCGUGAAACUAGCUUUUACAUGCGGUUUUACUCGAUAAAUUGAGUGGAUAUCACUUUGUUGCAAAGAAAAAGAAACUGAAAAAUAAUUGUCGUCUUCCAUCAUCGUGAGUGAAGGAAAGAAUAAUGAACACAAAAUUAUUACAUUUUUUGUGAUAAACAGCAUUGGCGUUUAUUAAUAACAAAAAAAAUACUAUCACGCAAAAAAUUGUCCGAAACAUAACUCUGCCCAUGCGUUUUUGGGCAGAGUUUAUAUACAAUAGACUUUGAACCUGACUGCCAUAUAAUAAGAUAUUAAUUUCAAUGAAUGUUUUAUCUAAUAAAAAAUGUUUUAUUAUUAAUAAAAUUAUGAAGACUAAUGGAAAUAAAACAUUAAUAAUUUAUAUUAGUACAGGAAUAUUGUUAUUUCUAAAAGAUUCUCUUGCCAUUGUUGUUGUUUUAUGAAUUUUUACUUUAUGAGAUAAAUUUCUAAACAAUUU